AUGUCAAGCACAAGUUCUGAUGAUCAGGUGCCCAUUCAAGCACCUCUCUGCAAGAAGCACUUCAAAAAUUAUGCACGUCGUCAGAUAGAACUCGAGGUUGAAGCAGACAGCGCUGCAAGACCUGAGAAGAAUAUCGAGGAGCCUCCACAGCCUACCCGGAUUCAGCCAAGACGAGCCGUAAAGGACAAAUACUUAAGGACCAAGAUCGACACCAAGAAAAGGAAUGCCGAUGAAGCAUUCGAUGAGUCCAAGAGGAGAAAAACACAGACAGAGGAUGAGUUUGAAGUCGACGACCCGUGGACUUCGUUUGCGAUUUCACUGGACCAGAUGGAAACCAGAGCGAUCAAACAAGCCAAAAGACGCAUGUCCCACAACUGUCCCUUUGGGCCUGUACCAUGGGUAUGUAGUCUCUGCGUCGAUGAAAUCAACAAGUCGUCAAAGGAGGCUUCGUCCCCAAGGAGUCCGCCCAUCGCACCGGUGGCUGAUAUGGCCCCUGUUGGCGAACAGCUGAAACUUCACUCAAGGGGCAUUUUGAAUAAGGGAAGCAGAUCCAAGUUUAGGUGUGGUGAUAUGGAUUGUACUAUCGAUGCUUGUGGGGAGACCAUGUUUAUGUUUCUAUAG